AUGUUGUCAGCAUCAUCAUUCUCGGCAUCACAACCUAAUGACGAACAACAACAACAACAACAGCAAUCAUCGUCGGUUGUUAUCAGUAUAUCAAAUAACAUACGAUCAACGGAUAACAACAAUCGUAACAACAACAGUAACAGCAGCAGUAGCAGCAGUAAUAACAAUAAUGGUACCAAUAAUAAUGGUAUCAUUAAUAUUAGUAAUUAUACUCAGGUUAUUAAACCAACAUGUGAAGCAUUCCAGGAAUUAAGCGAACGAUGGCCGCCACCACCACCACCACCACCAUCAUCAUCAUCAUUAUCAUUACCACCACCAUCAUUAUCAUUACCACCAACUGCAACUAUGCCACAAUCGGUAUUACAACCUUAUCAACCGCAUUCUGUUACGGCUACACCAUUUCAAUUAUUAUUCCCGCCACCUCAACCAGAUUGGAGUACCUAUCAUGAGCAUCAUCAACAUCAUAUUCAACAACAACUGUUGCAACAACAACAACAACAACAGCAACAACAACAACAGCAGCAACAACAACAACAACAACAUCAGCAACAUCAUCAACAAUUAUCACUAAUGUCUAUUCCACAAGUUAUCCCGUCACAUCUUACAAAUACCGGUGUAAUGGAAAUGAAACAUGAACCAGAACGUCCGGAUGUUAUUCAACGUCUUUCCGCUGCCGCACCUUCAUCGUGGCCUUACGCAUUUGCCCAAGAUGAUUUACCACUAUCAUCAUCACAACUUGCUGAUGAAACAGAUUCCACGUGUUCUGAAGAUUUGGAAGCAUUUGCAAAAACCUUUAAACAACGUCGUAUUAAAUUAGGUUAUACGCAAGCUGAUGUUGGUUUAGCGCUUGGUACAUUAUAUGGUAAUGUAUUCAGUCAAACUACCAUUUGUCGUUUUGAAGCAUUACAAUUAAGUUUUAAAAAUAUGUGUAAAUUGAAGCCAUUACUGUAUAAAUGGCUUGAAGAAGCUGAUUCUACUAGUUCCUCACCUAAUAGCGCCUUUGAAAAAAUGACCGGACAAGGUGGUCGUAAGAGAAAAAAGCGAACAUCAAUUGAAGUACAGGUGAAAAGCCGAUUGGAAUAUCACUUUCAGAAAAAUCCUAAACCAAAUGCCCAAGAAAUCACUCAAGUUGCAAUGGAAUUACAAUUGGAAAAGGAAGUGGUACGAGUAUGGUUUUGCAAUCGACGACAAAAAGAGAAAAGAAUGACACCUCAAUAUGGUCAGGAACUUUUAUUAAAUCCUAAUAAUUAUCCACCAGAUACUUUUGUUUACACAUAA